GGUGUUGGUGCCGAAACGGUUCAUUCAAGUUUUUGAAGUUACGCCGUCGAUUUGAGCGGGUUUAUGUGCUGCUGUGUUUGGUGUGUGCUAGUGUCGUCGGUUUAUUUGCGGUAAAUUGGCUGCAGAAUUGUAGAAAUAGUGCUGCAAAACUCGAUAGAAAAAAAAAAACGCGAGGAAAUAAGCAACCGCAACUGUUGUGAGCCAAAGUGUGCACGGUUCGCGAAAUGUAUUGAAAGGGUGUUGUCUACACUUUCUAUGGAGUAGCAUCUUUUUGCCUGUGGUGUAUUGUGUCCGUGUUUAUUCAUCUGUAUAGUGGACUGAGCGAAUUAGAAAAGCAGAUUUGGAGCACAGUUUUAAAGGCAAACUGCUCUCCAAUCUCCAGCAACAUGGAUGAGCUGUUGGAAAUGUUCAACUCCUUCAUCGGGGAGGCACUCGAUUACGAACGGGCUAUGGAUGCUGAGUUCGUGGAGCUCGAGAAGAAGUUGAGCGAGUGCGUCUCGCUGGCAAAGGAGCGGGGCACACCGGUGCAGAACAAGAAGCGCCCCAAGCGGCAGGCAUCCCUAUCGGAAAAGGAAGAAGAAGCGAGCGGUAAGUCCGCCGGGGAGGAGGAAGAACAGUCAGAAGCAAGAACAUCGACGAACGAUCGUUCGACCACAGGCGGCACUGGAAAAUCGUCCUCCGCCCGCAUGCUCGAUGUGAGUGGCGGCAAGGGUGCGGGUGAAAAGCAGGCACCGCAACCGAUGGACACCACCACCAGCCAGGCGAACGAAUCGUCCGUCCGGCCGUCACGAACGGCACGGCUGAAGGCGCAGGAAAAGCUGAAGGAACCGGCAAUAGGCAGCAAGCUGCGCAACGAUGGCGGCACGGCGGUGACGAUCAAGCUGGAGCGCAACUCGUCCGUCGCUAACAGUACGCUGGUGCGGGGCGGAAAGGAGGCGCUGGUGGCGAUGGAGAAAACCACGCUCGAGCGAACGUACGUCGAGAUGGAGACGGAAAACGAUGCGAACCGGGCGAACCGAAUCAUUAGCCCGGCAGCUGCCGCUGCCGAGAAGCGGACAAACGACGAAGGCUUCUCCAGCGCAAACGAAGCAUCGCAGAAGGAACCGGCGAAGCAGGCCGGCAAAAGCGAGCGCGACAUGUCACUGCUGGUCGUGCCCCCGGUCAUACCAAAGGUGGAGAUUGUGUCGGACGAGGAGAUGCCACCGCCGAGCAUUAUGCCGCCACCGAAGCUUCCCGCACCGAAGGUACGCACGAAGAAAAAACCGCCCGUGGGUGAGAAGGGUGCCAAGGACAUCAGCGACACGGCGUCCAGCUCGGCCGUGUCGUCGGCCGAUUCCACCAUGAACAGUACGGCCAGCAGUGUUAGGAGUAGCGUGAGCAACAGCAGCAGCACUACCGCCAAAAAUCGGGUGGGACGUCCUACGCGGACGAAAACCAAACAGACGGGCAAACAGGUGGAAGAACCGUUGGCUGCGGAGGCGCCCUCCAAACCUACGACGCCACCCGCGGUGCUGAUGGACGUGGGCGUACUGAUCGAACCGAUGCGCAUCAAGGCGGAAAAGCUCUCGAUCGUACAGCAGCAGCCAGCACCGGCCGACCGGACGUCCGAUAAAUCCAACUACGAGGAUGCACAGGAGCAGCAGGAGCCAAUGGAGGUGGAAACCACCACCAACACGGCGCAGCUGCAGAGCCAGAUGCGGCCGCUAAAAAUUGCGCUGCAGAAAAUCCCGUCGCACGAGCUGCCCCAACAAGCGCACGUCGGCCCGUCCGAUAUGAAUGGAACGUACACGACUGGUACUGCAGCAGGUCAGCCGAUUCCAUCCGACGGCACGUUCACUAUGCCGCCGUCGAUACAUGACGGCACGUUUACGGUCAACUCGCCGAUGGAAAAUGCACGCGGUGCGCCGAUUUGCAAUGAAACGUUCAAUAUUCCCGCUGCCGGCGGCACACCACCGAUGGCCGGAUCGGAGCGCCAUCCGGACGAUACGUACGUGAUCGAGAAGAGCGGUGGCUCGUCGGGUGGUGCCGGGCCGCAGCAGCAGCAGCAUGUUCCGCUCGCAAACGCCAGCAUCAUGACCGAGGACGACUCGGUGGUGGAAAACUCGCCCAUACAGCCUGCGCCGGAGCAGUUAAAAUCAAAAACGACCACCCCCCGUACAAGGGUCGCUGCCGCUGCCGCUGACCCUCCCCCAGUGCCUGGACCGAAGCCACAAAGAGGUGCGGCUGCGCUGAAAAAGUCCGCCAGCGCGGUGGCCGACGCGAAGAAAAACAAGGAACUGUUCAACCCGUGCGUGAUGAGCCCAAUCAAGAGCCGCAUCGAGGCGUUCGAGAAGUGUGCGACGGCAACGGGUGGGCCCGCUGCAUCCAAGAUCGGCACGCCGCAGGCCCAGAUCGGGCGGCUCAUGAAAACGGUGAGCACACCGACGCUCGGCACGACGGAACCGCACGGCAUUACCCGGUCGGCACACGCGAAACCGUACACCUCCUCCUCCUCCUCCUCGUCCGUCUACACGCCAAACUGUGCCGCCCAGCCGCCCAUGCCGAAAGCGGCCUCCGCGUCCAAGAUUGGCCAGAUGCAGAGCAGGGCGCUCCAUCACGGUACAACGAGCGGCGGCGGCGGCGCACAAAGCCACUCGCGCGACUCGAGCUGGGACCGUGCCGGCGGUGGUGGCGGCAGCGGUGGAACGUUAUCGGCCGCCUCUUCCACCUCCUCGCUGCUGGACGAGAAGAAGAAAAAGCGCGAGGAAAAGCAGCGGCUGGCGGCGGCCCAGCGGGAAGCGAUGGAGCGCGAAAAGCGCGAACACGCCGAGCGGCUGGUGCGCGAGAAGGAGGAAAAGUACCGGAAGCUGGUGCAGGAGAAGCAGGAGAAGCUGCGCCUCGAUGCGCAGAAGAAGGCCCGCAAGCUGGAGGAGUUCGAGAAGCGGCGCCAGGCGGAGGAGCAGAAAACGCUCGCCGACCAGAAGCGGGACGAGCUGGCCAAACAGCUGGCCGACCAGGAACGAAUCAAUCGAGAGCUACUGGACACGCUGAAGCAAAAUCAAACGAAGGAUGCGCACGAAACAAAGCUGCACAAGCAGCUCUACCAGCAGAAGCUGCGCCAGCAGCAGCAGCAGCUUGAGAAGCAGCACCACCAGCAACAGCUGGCCGCGAAAAAGAAGCUGGCGGGUGGGGCGGCCGGCUCCUCCGCCGCCAGCAAGAAGCUGUUCACGUUCGAGAUGAUCGACACAGACGACUCGACCGACGAGGAGGUGUCGGAGGAUACGAGCGCACCGCGCAAGAAGCAGCGACCGCCACUGCCAGAAUGGUGCCAGAAGACGGCCGACUUCCGCAAGCAGCUGCAACUGCAGGCCCAGCUACAGUCGAGCGUGAUCGAUCGACUGUUCUCCGUGCAGCCGAUGACGCCCGAUCUGCGCCUACUGUUCCCCUCGAUCGAUGCGCAAAAGCUGAAGCGUAACUCGAGCGCAAUCUGGCGCACACCGCCGCGCCACUCGCAGCUGCCGUGAAACAGAGGCGGUGGACCCCCUCUCGCCCAGAAUGAUGGCACUAGGAUGUAGGACGUGUGUACGUGUGUGUGUUUCUAUUUGUAAACGACUGUCCCUGUUCUUCACACACCCCCUUCAAAACAACAUCAUGCUUAUAUGCCGGUUUGAGUUGCCGUAUCGUCUCCGAUUCGAUUUUAAUACACACUUUGAGUUGGGAUUACGGA